AUGUCAGUUUCCGAGCUCCUUAAUCCAGCUGGCGAGUCCGAAUAUUCUGUGUGGACUACAGAGGAAAUUUUCAAAUCUGUCACAGACCAAAACACAGAAGAAGACCAGGACAACAAUGAAUCUAGCAAACCACCUCCGCGUCCCAAACCAACUGCUAAGGAGGUCUUCAAGGCGAUCUCGCUCAUCAAUGACUACAUCGAGAACGACACCACUGAAGUUGCUGAUAAACUGAACCAGUCAAUGGAAGCAUACUCUAAACAACUCGUUGACCACCUGAUUGCUACUGCUCAACAAACAAGCAUCACAUCAUUUUUUCAUCCCAUGAACUCAAAAUGA